AACCGGAAGUGUCGCCUCAGUGUGUGUGUGUGUCUCCUUGGACGGAACGCUAAUGGGUCACAGAGCAAUACGACGUGCAUGUUAACGCCUUAUACACAUAAUCACUGUUUAAUCUUUCUGCCAGGAAUAAAUGAAUAAAAAUGAAACGCGACGUCCGGAUUCUGCUGUUAGGGGAACCCAAAGUGGGAAAGACUUCUCUCAUCAUGUCCCUGGUAGGAGAGGAGUUCCCAGAAGAGGUUCCUCUCCGGGCUGAAGAGAUCACCAUACCUGCAGAUGUCACACCUGAGAAGGUGCCAACACACAUAGUGGACUACUCUGAGAGCGAACAGACAGAUGAAGUGCUGAGGAACGAGAUAAUUAAGGCUAAUGUGGUGUGUGUGGUGUACGACGUCACGCAGGAGGAGACCAUCCACAAGAUUCGGACUAAAUGGAUCCCACUGGUGAACGGCGAGGCUGAGAAAGGCAGCAAGAUUCCCAUCAUCCUGGUGGGAAACAAGUCUGACCUGCGCUCUGGCAGCUCCAUGGAAACCAUCCUGCCAAUCAUGAACCAGUUCUCAGAAAUAGAGACGUGUGUGGAGUGCUCGGCUAAGAACCUGAAAAACAUCUCUGAGCUUUUCUACUACGCUCAGAAAGCUGUGCUGCAUCCAACAGCUCCGCUCUACGACCCAGAGGACAAACAGCUGAAGCCAUCAUGUGUUCGUGCCCUCACUCGAAUCUUUACUAUAUCUGAUCAAGACAACGAUCGGAUCCUCAGUGACGAUGAACUCAACAGCUUUCAGAAAUCCUGUUUUGGGAACCCAUUGGCUCCUCAGGCUCUGGAGGACGUUAAAACAGUGGUGUGGAAGAACACCAGCGACGGCGUGCAGGACAACGGCCUGAGUCUGAAUGGUUUUCUGUUCCUGAACACGCUGUUCAUUCAGAGGGGGCGUCACGAGACCACGUGGACCAUCCUGCGCAAGUUCGGCUACGACGACACGCUGGAGCUUACAGACGACUACCUCUACCCGCCGCUGCGCGUCCCUGUCGGUUGUACGACAGAACUGAAUCAUCUCGGUUAUCAGUUCCUCCAGCGGCUCUUCGAGAAGUACGACGAGGAUAAGGACUCGGCUCUCUCACCAGCAGAGCUGAAGAACCUGUUUGCUGUGUUUCCCUACAUGCCCUGGGUGGAGUCGGUGUACAGUAGUGUCCCCACUACAGAGGAUAACUACAUCUCUCUACAUGGCUACCUCUGCCAGUGGACGUUGUCAGCGUACCUGGGCGUCCACAGGUGUCUCGAGCAUUUGGGGUACCUCGGUUAUCCCAUCCUGAUGGAGCAGGACUCCCAGACAUCAGCCAUCACUGUAACCAGAGACAAGGCAACAGACCUGGACAAGGGACAGACUCAACGCUGCGUGUUUCUCUGCAAGGUGAUCGGACCACGUGGGACGGGAAAGUCUGCCUUCCUGAAAGCCUUCCUUGGGUGGAGCCUCGCGGGUGACGAGCGCCGCUGCCCCAGUGCCUUCUCCCUGCACACCAUCAACACCGUCUCCGUCUCCAACCAGGAGAAAUACCUCAUACUGGAGGAAGUGGACGUGGAAGCCGAGUUCCUGAAAGCAGCCGACGCAGCGUGUGACGUCGCCUGUCUGAUGUACGAUGUCAGCGAUCCAGACUCAUUCAACUACUGCGCCAGUAUAUACAAGCAACACUACAUGGGGAGCGCUGUGCCGUGUGUGCUGGUGGGAUCGAAAGCCGACCUCCCGGAGGUGAAGCAGCACCACGGGAUGAGUCCAGCGGAGUUCUGCUACAAACACAGACUUUCUGCGCCGCUUCACUUCACCGCGAUCAACACACACGGCAACACACACAUCUACAGCAAGCUCGCCUGGGCUGCCAUGUAUCCGCACCUGAACGGUUCUGACAUGAACAGCACAUCUUUUUGGCUGCGAGUGUCACUCGGAGUGAUCGGCGUCGGCCUGCUGGGAUUCGCCGUCUACAGAGCCUUCAGCAGGCACAAAUAACACACACACACACACACACACACACACAGUACAUUCUUCUACCAACUUACUCUGUUCAGCUGCUGAGAAGCUCCUUCUUAGUCUCUCUCUCUCUCUCACACACACACAAACACACACACACACACACACACACACACUUUACUGUUGGUCUAACAUUUGUGCUGCAGGAGAAUGAACCAGAAACUUUGGCCUUUUUUACAGUUUGUGUGUUUGACCUUUUUGACUUUCGACAUUAUGCCAAAUGGAGCUGAGACCCACACACACUGUCUGACUGACUGAGGUGUCUGUCUCUAUAUAUGUGUGUGUGUGUGUGUGAGAGAGACAGACAGUUUUAUUUAGUGUUUAUUUAUAGAGAGCAGGUGGUCACUGUAUUAUAAAGCUGACCAGCAGGAUGAAGACAAGCAAAGAUCUUCUUCUGUAUUGCACAUCAAAUCUUAUUAUAUUUUAAAAACUAGCCUUGAACAGAGAGACGCCACACACUCGCAGCUCAGAUGUUUAAAAGUCCAUUACGGUUUGCUUCUACCAAGAAUACAUAAGACACACACACCCACACUUCUGAGUGGUCCAGCUGGAGUCUCAUUACUUCACAGACAUUUUUUUUAAUGAUGGUGCAUCAAAGCCACAAUAUAUUUUGUAAUAAAUGUUUUUUUUCUCCCUCCGA